AUGACAUCGCUAUUAUCAGCAGAUGACUUGAAUGAUUUUAUAAAACCCAGUGUCGCAUGUAUCAAGCCGGUGGAAGAAAAACAGCGGGAUCAUGUUGAACUUGAAAUCGAAGAGGUGGAGAUAGAGGCAAAUGGAGAAGUUAAAAAAUCAGGACGCAAACUAGAAAGAGCUCAGAUAUCGUUGACAGACUGUCUUGCAUGUUCGGGAUGUAUUACAUCUAGUGAGGAAGUCUUAGUUGCACAACACAGUUAUAAGGAGUUUAUCAAUUUCUGGAAUGAGAAUAAGGACUUUGAAUAUGUUCUAAGUCUCAGUCAGCAAGUGCGUGCCAGUCUAUCAAAUGCAUUUGAUAUUGACGUUAAGAAAAUGGAUAUUGUACUCUACAAGUUAUUCAGCGAGUAUUUCAACUUUCAGUAUAUGGUCAGUGUUAAUCUUGGGAGAAGAAUUGCUUAUGAUGCAAUGUUCAAGGAAAUUGAGAAUAGAGAUGUCUCUGAUAAAUGUGUCAUGACAAGCAUAUGCCCUGGAUGGGUGUUAUACGUUGAAAAAACUCAUAAAGAGAUACUAAACAAACUAAGCAAUGUGAAGUCACCACAGUAUAUUACAGGUAAACUUAUAAAGGAGGUCUUGAAGAAAGACGAAACUAAGGUUUACAAUUUGGCUAUUAUGCCAUGUUUUGAUAAGAAACUAGAAGCUAGUAGGGACGAUGUUGUUGACUGUGUGAUUACUCCGCGUGAGUUGAUCAGCAUGAUUGAAGAAGAUGAAAGAAUUGAUAUUGACAAGAUCAUCGAGGAAGUAUUGAAUGAGAAAGUAGAUUAUGGUGAUUUUAUCAGGAAAAUAUCACCAUCUGGAUGGUUUGAGGAGGGAGAUUGUGGCUGGGGAGAUGAUUUGGGAGAUGCAAGCGGCGGUUAUGCCACAAACUAUCUUAUGAAAUGUCAGGAUAAAUUUGGAGGUGAGAUCGUUGAGAUAAAGGGUAGAAACGAGGAUAUCGUUGAGCUGCAGUUAGUUGUCGAUGGUGAGGUGAGGAGAAGGGCUGGGAUAAUCAAUGGGUUUAAGAAUAUACAGAACCUGGUACGUAAACUGAAAGGAGAUAAGAGUAAAGCUACACGGAGAACGCUAGUGAGUAGAAGAAGAGGCAGGGGAGGUGUUACUCGGGACGAGGAGGUCCCCAAGCGGGAGAUUGACCUCACAGAGUGCAACGUUGUGCAGGUGAUGGCGUGUCCUGGAGGAUGUGCCAAUGGUGGGGGCCAAAUUGCCGUUGGCGAAGAAGGAUCGAGUGAGGAAUGGUUAGGUCAGGUUCUCAUUCGGUACAGAGAGCUUCCUAGCGAGACCAUCUCGAAUGAGAAACUACUUGCAUGGUCUCAUAGGCACGGAUUGGAUACACAUGUCGUCUCACCAACUAGAGUAGUAUCACAACAAGACAAUAAUCUAGACGAAAUGGCCGAUCCUACACAGCUCUUUUCAUCGUGGUAA